AUGAAAGGAGGCAUUCAAGGAGUAAAAGUUUCGCAAGUCUCCCUUAUCCUUAUCGGGUUGGUGUGCGCCACUGUGCUUGCAUUGACAUGGAAGAAGACCAUACUAAUGGCCUCAUCUGUCCCUUCUGCUCAGAGUCGUGUGCUGCAACUGGAUCAUUUAGAUAAUUCCGAUAGUAAUAUAGAAAGUGCACAGCCAAAAGAAGCCUCUCCAAGAAAAAAUAAUCAUAAACAUGAAGAGAUCGUGCCAGAAUCAUCUGUUGAGCAAACUAGAAGCUUACCAGCUGCCACAGGGAAACAAGAAGUUCUUUCGAGUGUUCUAGAAAAGACAGGAUUGCAAGAACACCCUAGUGGUAAAAAAAAAUCAAAGCAAUCAGAAACUGCACCAGAGAAAUCUUUCGAACAGGAGGAAACAAUAAAAUCUUUCAAACAAGAGGAAACAAGAAACUCUUCUGUUAUCUCUGAAAAAAAAGAUUGUAAUUAUGCAAAAGGUAAAUGGGUCGUUGAUGAUAGCCGGCCUUUAUAUUCUGGAUUUGGCUGUAAGCAAUGGUUGUCGUCGAUGUGGGCCUGUCGUCUGACACAGCGCACAGAUUUUGAAUACGAAAAACUACGCUGGAAACCGAAAGAAUGUAAAAUGGAAGACUUCACCGCUUCCAAGUUUCUGCUGAGAAUGCAGGACAAAACCCUUGCGUUCGUGGGGGACUCGCUCGGCAGGCAACAGUUCCAAUCCCUGAUGUGCAUGGUCACUGGCGGAGAGGAAAGGCCCGACAUCCUUGAUGUGGGCCUUGAGUACGGGCUCGUCAAAGCCCUCGGCUCCUCCAGGCCCGACGGGUGGGCCUACCGCUUCCCUAGCACCAACACUACUAUCCUCUACUAUUGGUCCGCAAGUCUGUGUGAUUUACAACCUAUCAAUUCCUCAGACCCAAAUACCGAAAUCGCCAUGCACCUUGAUCGGGCCCCUUCGUUUUUAACCCGAUUUAUUCACAAAUUCAACGUCCUUGUUCUCAACAGUGGCCACCACUGGAAUAGAGGGAAACUCAAUGCCAACAAGUGGGUCAUGUACGUGGGUGGUGCCCCAAAUACGAACAGGAGAAUAGCAACUAUUGCAGGUGCGAAAAAUUUCACCCUUCACAGUAUCGUGAAAUGGGUCGAUUCGCAGCUGCCUUUGUAUCCCGGUUUGAAAGCCUUUUUCCGUUCGAUUUCGCCUAGGCAUUUUUUCAACGGGGAUUGGAAUACGGGGGGCACUUGUGAUAAUACUACCCCUCUUUCUGGAGGGAAGGAGGUUUCAAAUGAUGAGUCGAACGACCCUGUUGCUUCUGGGGCCGUCAGGGGGACUAACGUCAGGCUUUUGGAUAUAACUGCUUUGUCUGAGUUGAGAGACGAAGGUCAUAUUUCCCGUUACAGCAUUCGGGCCACGCCCGGGAUGCAGGAUUGCCUGCACUGGUGUUUGCCAGGCGUGCCCGACACGUGGAAUGAGAUUUUAUUUGCUCAAAUAUGA